CAGAAAAUGACAAAAGCCAGAGAGAAACUGGAGGAAUGGUUGUCAGCACCAGAUACGUUCCUUCUAAUUAUUCAUUAUUGCCUUAGAUAAUAAACAGUCUUUUUUAAUAUGUAUAUUGCUCUUUCCUGUAAACAGUUCAUAAAAAAACCCAUCAAAUAUACAUUUUAAAAAUAUAUACUUUUUUUGUUAUUUAUCAAUUAUGUGUUCAAUAUAUAGAUGUUUUAUUUCAAUAUUCCAUCUCUAGUCUGAGUUUGGGGUUUCCUGUUCCAGACCAAAUAUGACCUUUGGACAGAUGUCCGAGCAAGUAGAGUGAGAAACACAGCUCUUAAAUCGUCAGAUCCCGGAUCCCUGGUUUACGCCCAGGAUGCGUGACUGAAAAGCAGCACGUAAAUCGAAAGUACUUACAGAAAAUCGCUGCUCUCUAAAAGUACUUGCCCAAGAAGUCUAUAAUGGCUACACGGGAGAUCAUUGUCGUUGUGUGUGUGUGCGUACACACGCGCGAGUGCGAGUCUCAUUACGCCCCUUCCAACAAGCCAGCCAGCAUCAGGACUCAAGUGUUGGGCAGGAGGCUGGAGGAGCGCAAUGGAGAUGAGCGUGGCUUUGCUGGUGACGAUCAUCUUGAUGACGCGAGCUGCCUGGGGCCAUGGAGCGCCCAUCUCAAGUGGCUGCUUAAUAAGGGAAGACAAAGCCGACUGCUCACGCCUGGGCCUGCACUAUAUGCCUAAAGACCUCCCAGUCACCAUAGCCUCUCUGGACAUGUCCUAUAACCAGAUCUCUAGCAUUCAGAGAGAGCACCUGUCUGCACUUUCACGGCUAAAAACUCUCAAUGUGGCCUUCAACCAAAUAUCAAGUAUUGACCCCUUGGCUUUCUCACAUAACUCUGCGUUACAAGACAUUGACCUGAGUAAUAACAGAUUACCAGGAGCAUGGGAUGACUCCUUUGCUGUUCUCAAGUUUGUAAGGUCUCUGGACGUCAGAAACAACUCCUACAUUUCUUUCAAUAUUCCAGGUUCCUUCACAUCUCUCAAGGCUCUGCAUCAUCUGAAGGUUGGGGGCCUGAAUGUCACUGAAAUUCACCAAAAUGUCAGCGAGACAAUGGAACUGGAACAUCUCUCCAUUGUGACUGGAGACCUGACCAUCUACACUCCAGGCUCCCUGUCGGCAUUCCGUAGCCUACAGAGUGUGACUCUGGCCUUGACCUUGCGCACAAAUAUUGCCCUGCUCACUGACAUCAUAUGUGAUGUCUCCUGUAACAGUGUGGAGCUACAGGUGCAGUUUGUUGAUUUUCGUGGGUACAGACAAAAUGUCGACAUUUUCAAAUGCAUUUCAAACCCUGGCACAAUUGAAGUUUUCAACAUUUCGCAUUCACAACUCACAGACAAUACGAUCACUGGCAUGCUCAAUAAUAUUAUGAAGUCGCAAAGAAUUAUCUCUUUUAAUCUGCAACAAAUUGGGUUUGAUGGUAUUGGUGAUUGGCAGGUGCCACUCUUACCAAUUCCCGUCAUAUCUUUACAAAGUUUCUUGGUCGAUGGGAUAGCCAACCCAAACUUCUUUGGCUUUUCCACCAUGAAAAACUUACAUUUUUUUCUAUUCUAUCUGAAAUAUUUGACCAUAAGAAAUUCUAACCUUUUUUACAUGCCUUGUCAGAUUACUUUCCUCUGUCAAAACCUACAUUUUCUCGAUUUAUCGAAUAAUUUACUCACGGAAAAUACUGCAUUUCCCCAGUGUGAAUAUAUUCAGUUAAACAAUCUCAACACACUCCGUCUGCAUAAAAAUUACAUGUCUUCCUUGAGUGCGGUUGGUGCUAUGGUGAAAAAUCUAACUGCUCUCACGCUGUUGGAUAUAUCUGCAAAUCAGAUUUACAGUGAUCAAAAGUCUGGAUGCAUAUGGCCCAUUAAUCUCCAAGUCCUCAAUGCUUCCUCGAAUUUUCUCACAGACGAGACAUUUGACUGCCUGCCGACGUCACUUUAUUCAAUCGAUGUCAGCAACAAUAGGAUCCAAAAAGUCAGCGAGAGAUUGUUGGAAUUCAAACAUCUGCACGAACUGUACUUAAGUAAGAAUAAACUCAACUUUUUUCCAGUAGAGCUAGCCCAUGGUAUCCCAUCCCUGAAAGUUCUGACACUUGCCAACAAUACACUACUGGGUAUGAAACUAACUGACCUAGACAGUCUGGGUAAUCUCACCCUGCUGGACAUGAGGGGAAACCCAUUCUAUUGCACGUGCAACAUCCUCCACUUUGUCACCUUCUGUGAGAAUUCCUCACCAUUGCGCAUUGAAGGAUGGCCAGCUGACUACCAAUGCUCAAAUCCAGAGAAAGAAGUUGGUAAACAGCUGUCCUCAGUCUCCUUCCCCAUACUCUACUGUGACACAACACUGAAGAUCGUGAUAGCUUGUGUUACCACAUUCGUGUGCACUGCUCUCCUGGUCGGGCUCUGCUGGUACCUGGAUGCGCUUUGGUAUCUGCGCAUGACGUGGGUCUGGCUCCAAGCUAAACGGCGGAGUUUCCUCUCAGACCCAGACGGAAAUGCAGCCUACGAUGCGUUUGUGUCGUACAGCCAGCACGAUGCAGUCUGGGUAAUGGAGAAGCUUAUGCCUGAGCUAGAGUCGCACUCAGUACCACCGUUCCGACUCUGCGUGCACGAGCGAGACUUUGUCCCCGGACGUUUUAUCAUGGACAACAUCAUUGACUGCAUCGAGCAGAGCCGCAAGACUCUCUUUGUCAUCUCACGGAGUUUCGUGGAGAGUGAGUGGUGCCACUACGAGCUGUACUUUGCGCAGCAGCGUCUAAUGGAGAGCCGAGACGAUGCUUUGGUGCUCGUGCUGUUGGAGCCCAUCCCACGCGACUCAGUGCCCAGCCGCUUCUGCCGGCUGCGUCGCCUCAUGGGGCGCAAGACCUACCUGGAGUGGCCUGCGGAGCAAGGCAAGCAGGUCCUCUUCUGGGCAAACCUGCGAGCCACGCUUGGCAAAGUUAAAAACUGACAACCGCGCCAAAUUUGAGAUGCUCAACCUACAACGGCAACCAUUGUGAGGCCCAUACAUCCGUGUGAUAGCUAUGUGAAACACCAUUGCAGGCAUUCCUCAAUUUACCAACUCCCGAUUUACGAAUUUUUACUUUCACGAAAUUUGAAUUUCGCGACAUAAACAAGAGGCUUCUAGUUGGCCGCUCUGCAUCAGUGUACUCCCGAGAUCACCAGUUCUCCUCUUCCCAGUCUGUAUAAUGUUUGUUUGCGUGCGCUCCGUGGGUCCAAAUCUAUUGUGUUAUUUGCCAUUUACUUCAAGCAACCUUCAAUAUGAGUAGCAAGCAUAAAUCAACAUCACCAGCUCUUACUCCAGAAAAUAAAUCUAGGCAAGCUAUAAGCCUGGUAACAAAGCUGAACAUUGUUCAAAGACACAAGAAAUGAGAAUGCUUGGUUGACAUUGCACGUUCCCUCACCUUUAUUAUUGUAAUCUUGCGAUAGAAUGCAUCCUUAAUUUUAACCUUUAAAAUAAUGUGGAGUUAUUUCGAUUUACGCACUGUUCUUCAGAAACGCAUCCUGUUUGUAAAUCGAGGAAUGCCAUUAUAUUAUGAUGAUAGGAAAUGUAACCUACAAUGAAAAUAACACCAGGGGACGUUAAUUCGGAUCUGGUUCUCGCCACUGGGCCCUGUUCCGCCACUGAAGCAGCAGUCACACUCCUGAUUCACUCUUAAUCCUUUGUCAGCUCAUCAAGACCAAUCUAGUUUCUUUCGGUUGUCAUCCCUUGUGCUGAUAUUUUAGCCAUGCCCAAGUCUCUUCAGGUAGACCCUCCUGCGUGUGUGUCUUUGGUUGAACAUGUGUUUUUUUUUAGAGAUUCCACAUGUAUACAGGAAGACCAGGAUAGUCUCAGGCUCUACCUAAAAUAAACCUCACCACAGACGUUUAGACUGAGGGCAUCACUAAGACCCAGAUUGGGAGCGCGGUAGCUCCAACCUCGUCUCCUACCACUACCUUGGAGGAGUACCGUAUAAUUUACUCAUGAGUACAGUGCAUCAUAGUUACUGAUGUUAUUGUAAUUAAUUAUUUUUAUUUAUCAAAUAAUGUUUACGAUAUGUAUUAUUAUUCACGCUAUUACCGAUACCCCAAUGAAGGCCUCAUAUUUCUUAUAUGACAAUGGUAUAACGGCCCCUUUUAGCGGUGAUUCAAUGAGCGCUCACUUCUCCAGGAACACGUCUUGAGCACUAAAUGAGGUCUGCCUGUAUUGACUUUGCCAGUUUGUUUCCUUCCUUAAUACCUUAAUACAUGCCCUGCCCACUUCAUCCUUAUUUUCCUAAUCAACCAAUCUUAUUUUUGAAUCUUUCACGAGAUGAUCACUCCGAAGCAGUGCUUUACAGACAUUGUUUAUUAAAAAAAACUAAAGUAGUCAAAUAUAAUUUAAAAA